AUGGGUAAUACCAAGCUUCAAGUCGAUAUCUAUAUUGCCCCCGUUAUCCCAGCUACAACCGGCUUUCCUGAUUACGAAAGGGCAGCUUGGUCACCCAUCAGCUGUGUACUUGUCCACGGACCCGAGUCAGCCGCCCUCAUCGAUACUCCCAUCACGGUUCAGCAAGGCGAGGAGAUCGCCAGAUGGAUUCGCGAGACAGCUCCGAACAAGAAGCUCAAAUAUGUUUAUACCACCCACGCACAUCCCGAUCACUUCGCGGCUGUGCCAGUACUACAAGAACACUUUCCGGGCCUUGAAUUCGUCGCCACGCAAAACGUUGUAGCUGGAAUCCAAGAAUUGUACAACACGACCUUCGACCAUGUCUGGCCAAAUCUUUUUCCGGAUCAGAUACAUCAAGCCAGGCCGAUACCGAAGGCUCUCCCUGCCUCAGGCGAAUUCUUCAUCGACGGCGAGAAGCUGCAUGGCGUCGAAGUCGGACACACGGACAAUGAGUUCUCCAGCUUUCUCCACGUCCCUGCAGUCGACCUUGUUGUUACGGGCGACAUUGUGUACGGCGACUGUCAUCAGCAUUUUGGCGAGGCCAACACGCCAGAUAAACGUAAGGAGUGGCUGGAUGCUAUCGAUCUCAUUGAGGCAAAGAAUCCGCAUAUUGUUGUUGCAGGACAUAAGAGAGCUUCACAGGCAGAUGCGCCAUAUUUGAUCCAGUCGACUAGGGAGUACAUUUAUACAUUUGAAAAGGAGUUGGCCAGGACAACAAGUGCUGAGGCAUUGUAUGACAGGAUGAAGGAGUUGUAUCCUCAGAGUACCAAGAUGGCCGCCAAUGCUCUCGUCGAAUCGCUGAAAAGCGCCAACCUACUUCCUUCCGCCAUUAUCCCCGAAUCUUUCACCCCAGCCCUGGAUCUUAGCGUCAAGUUCUCCUCUGGACUUACUCCAAAACAUGGAGGUCUCGCUCGUGUGAGCCAGGUCAAAGAGCAACCUAUCAUCUCCAUCUCGUCUCCACCGACGUCUUCCGCCGCAAGCUACACAUUCAUGAUGAUCGAUCCAGAUGCGCCUACACCAGACGACCCAAAGUUUGGCUACUGGCGCCACUGGGUUGUGACUUCCAUUCCAUCUCCAUCAGCGACCACCUCUCCAGAAGACAUCACCGCGAGAGGAAAGACGAUCACGCAGUACCUGGCACCUGGACCGAAGGAUGAGAGCGGGCCACAUCGGUACCUCUUUCUUCUAUUUGAGGAGAAGGCAGGCGAGACUGUAGAGAAGGCGGAUGUUGGAGGAGAUGAGUUUGUUGAGAGGAGAAGUUUUAGAGCAGAGCAGUUGGCCGAGAAGAAGGGAUUGAAGUUGGUUGGGGUCCAAUGGAUGCGAGGAGUGGGCGAUGGGUGGAAGGAAGAAAAGGAUGAGCUAUAG